AUGUGCCAGCCCCAGCCACUGCUGAGCCUACUGCUCCUGCUCUCCUGCCAAUGGGCCAGUGCCAGUGCUCUGCGGGGGCAGAUUGUGGGGGGCCAUGAGGCUCAGCCCCACUCCCACCCCUACAUGGCAUACCUGAAGUUAGGGUCAUCAGCCUGUGGGGGCUUCCUGGUGGCCCCUGACUGGGUGAUGACAGCUGCUCACUGCACAGGGAAUAUCACAGUCAUCCUGGGGGCUCAUGAUGUCCACAAACCAGAGAAGAGUCAGCAGGUCCGGGGAGUCCUCCAAUACUACAAGCACCCUGAAUACAACCCCGAAUCUGUGUCCAACGACAUCAUGCUGCUCAAGCUGACAUCAAAGGCUGUUCUCAACGACUAUGUCAAGACCAUCCCACUGCCCGAGACUGGCAGUGACCUCCCAACAGGCACCAAGUGCAGCAUUGCUGGCUGGGGCAUGAUCGAUAACGACCAGGCGACCGACAAGCUCUUUGAAACCAAAGUCUCCAUCUACAGCCGCAGGAAGUGCAUCCUCUUCUACCCACACCUGGACACUGGCAUGGUCUGCGCCGGGAGCUUCCACGAGCUGAAGGAUUCCAGCCAGGGAGAUUCUGGAGGGCCCUUGGUAUGCAAUAAAGUGGCUCAAGGCAUCGUUUCCUUUGGGCAUGACACCCCACCCGGGGUCUACACCCGCAUCUCCAAUUACCUGCCCUGGAUCAAAAAGGUCCUGAAGAAGUAG